GGGCUUAGGAAUAUUCAAAUGUUACUCCACGUCGCGUUUCUACGGUCAUCUAAGCUCGCAGCCACUCCAGAGAGAUACAAGUGAAAGCACUUCAAAUUGACAGAUGUCGAUAAGUAACGUGCUUCAACUGGUACUGCGGUACAUAUUGCCACGCCCCUCCUACGUUUGCGGCCUCCAAUCCGUCAGCACCGUAUAUCAUCCCUGAUCAGGUUUUUGACAAACUUCAAUAUCUCAGGACAUAGUGCAGGCCCAUAUGCAUCCCGAUACAUGCUAUGCAACCUCAGCCAUUCAACCCUUAUAAGGACUUCGCUGUCCAUGAUUUCUCCAGUGACUUUAUUCCAAACGAAGAAUCAUAUCCAGGACCCAACUCUGACCUCCCUUCUGCUUAUAACCUUCAGCAUGAAACUUCUUCUCCAUGGCACCCUACACGUUGUGCUACACAAACACCACAAUCUUCAACCUCUGUCGGAUCCGUUCGUUGUAAAGCGUGCCACAAAUCCGUUUUUUUUUCUGCCAUGAACGAACAUGUUCCUAACUGCGAGCAACUGAGAGAAAGAGGGAAGUUCCAGGGUAAAACAGCAGCAACGGUAGUGGACGACAAGAGAGGCAAGAAACGUACGGCAUCACGCGAACCAGAAGGCUCCUCUCCAUCAUCAAAGAAGAUCAUCAAACCAGUUCCCCAGGUCCGCGAAGGUCGACCCAACGGCACGCCGGUCAACUAUGACAAGGAACGUGGAUUGAACGAGGACAAAAACCUUCCCUAUUGGCAUUUCCCGUAUGAACACAACGAACCGCUACUUCACUGGAAACCGGAACAAAACCGCAACUCCGUCGAACGCAGUACUCAAUUGUACUCUUCUCCCAGUAGUGGCAGUGCGAUUACAGGUCCGUCUCGCACGUACUCUUCCCCCAAGCAACACAACUUUCAAGGGGCCCGGGGUGUCACAAUGUCGAAUGUGGUGUUUAAUAACGUCGGUCGCGAUCAGAUUCAUCAGAAUUUCCAUGAUCACUCCCGGGAUGUACUGUGGGAAGCAAUUAGGAACGUCGGCGCCUUCCAUAAUUCGGAGAUACAGGUCGAGCGUGGCCAUUGUCUGCCCGGAACCCGUCAAGCAGUUCUCCAACUCAUACACGAAUGGAGAGUCUCCGGAUCCCAAAGCCCACCCGUAUGCUGGCUUUCUGGCGCUGCAGGGGUAGGAAAGUCGGCUAUUGCGUUAACCGUUGCCGAUGAGUGCGAGAAGGAUGGACUUGUAGCUUCUUUCUUCUUCUUCAGGUCGGAUCCAAGGCGUAACAACCCCUCUUCUCUCAUAUUAUCCAUUGCACACGGCCUCGUUAUGACAAGACCACAUUUGAAACCUCUUGUCAACUGGAAAAUCACCGCUAACCCCACUCUCCUCGAGGCCAAAUUGGAAUAUCAAUACGAAGAACUCGUUCUAGAACACCUUUCCCUUCCCUCUGCCAAGAGGUGUCCCGACAUAGUUAUAAUUGAUGGCCUCGACGAAUGUAGCAAUGGCGAUACGCAGCAGCGUGUCCUCUCCAUUAUAUUUUCAACCUAUGAACAACCGUUUCAUUCUCCUUUGCGAUUCCUGAUAUGUAGCCGCCCCGAAUCCUGGAUUCGAGAAUCUUUUGAGUCUCGUGAAUCCCGUGGUCUCAAACAUAUCAAACUGGACGAUGCGUUCCGUCCGAGGUACGAUAUCGAACUUUACUUCGAUAAACAAUUUCGGGACAUUCGCAGAGACCCCAAAUAUAAACAAGUUCGGUUCCCGAACACUUGGCCGUCUCCCGAGGACCUUGAAUUGCUGCUCGAAAAGGCUGAUGGACAAUUCGUCUAUGCAUCAACCGUCAUAAAGUUUAUCAAGGCUGACUAUACGCUUCCAACUUAUCAGCUCCGUAUCAUCCUCGACGCUAUCUCCAAGGGAUCCUCCGAUUCACAGUCAACACAUGCCCCCUUCAACGAUCUUGACGAACUCUACCUCAUCGUUUUACGUGCCAACCCGGACCGCCACAAGCAUUUACUCUCCAUUCUUGCGGCAAUCCUCAUCGUCCAGAAUCCAUCCUCAGGAUUUAUUGAACUAUUGCUUGGACUUCCCGCGGGCAUGGUUGCUCUGACAUUACGCGCGAUGCACUCAGUACUGGAUAUUCGCGACUGGGAAGAUGAAAUCCGAGUUUAUCAUACGUCCUUUGCCGAUUUUCUCUUCGACCGUGCACGCUCGAAGGAGUUCUUCAUAAACGGGCACCUGUGGUACGACUUUAUGGACGGCAGGUGGAGUAAGACUCUGAGGGAGCAAUGUAAAAAGGAUCCUGAGCUGCUAAGAAGCGAUGGAGAUUCAGCAAAUUCGGCUUUGGUACGGAGACUGGUGCGCGAGUGGAAUGACUUUUUGCGCCAGCCUGUCACUGGAAGGGAGGAGUCGUAUAAGGGCCAAUUGCCAAGAAUAGCAAGAGGCUAACGCUGAAGUUGGACAGUCGCCCUUCGCAUAUUUAACUUCAUGCUAUCAUUUCUGCUGCUUGAAGGAGUAGAUUCGGGAAGGUCCACCCCAUCCCCGGUUCCUCCCUUUAAUGAGGACGUCGAGAGGAAGAUUAUCGUCGGAAAUCGGCGAGACUGACAUCGUGCAGCCGGGCUCUGUUCAAGUCCUGAAAGCGCGUCUGACUUAAAGUCUAUAACAUCAGAUGUUGAAGAUCAGAAGGAUAUAGUUUACUACCGAUCGGAAAUUUCCUAGUUGAUGAAUAGCUUUGAGUCGUACCGUGACAUGCAACGCUGCUCCGCCAUGACUGUUCACAACUACCACCGCAGAGUCGGCAGCGUUCCUCAUUUUUGUACCCUAAGUCGGAUAUCACAACAAAGUUAAAUUACUAAUGUACACGAGUGAGUCUUCGGUUCACAAAUGCGUUUCCAGUCUCA